CGCCCGGCGCCGGGAGAGCGCGCGCGGCGGACAUGGGCGAGACCAUGUCCAAGAGGCUGAAACUGCACUUGGGAGGGGAGGCAGAGAUGGAGGAGCGAGCGUUCCCCAAUCCCUUCCCGGACUACGAGGCCGCCGCCGCCGCCUCCGGGUUCGUCACCGGAGCGGUGGAAGAGACCGGCUGCGCCCGCCUCCCGCCCCCUACGGAUGAAAUCGGCCUUCCUUUCCACCAGGACGGGAAGCUUAUUCAUAGCUUCGUAAGGAGGAUCCAGACCAAAAUCAAAGAUCUUCUACAGCAAAUGGAAGAAGGACUCAAGACAGCUGACCCUCAUGAUUGCUCUGCUUACACUGGCUGGACAGGCAUAGCCCUUUUGUACCUGCAGCUAUACCGGGUCACUUGUGACCAGACCUACCUACUCCGAUCUCUGGAUUAUGUAAAGAGGACACUUCGGAAUCUGAAUGGUCGAAGAGUCACUUUCCUAUGUGGAGAUGCUGGUCCUCUUGCUGUGGGAGCUGUGGUUUAUCAUAAACUCAAAAGUGAGAGUGAGUCUCGGGAGUGCAUCACAAAACUUUUGCAGCUUCACAGAACAGUUAUCUGCCAAGAGUCAGAGCUUCCUGAUGAACUGCUUUAUGGACGGGCAGGUUAUCUAUAUGCCUUAUUGUACCUGAACACAGAGAUCGGCCCAGGAACUGUGUGUGAAUCUGCUAUUAAGGAGGUAGUCAGUGCUAUUAUUGAAUCAGGUAAGACUUUGUCAAGGGAUGAAAGAAAAGCUGAGCGCUGCCCCCUCUUGUAUCAGUGGCAUAGAAAGCAGUAUGUUGGAGCAGCCCAUGGCAUGGCUGGAAUCUACUACAUGUUAAUGCAGCCAGCAGCAAAUGUAGACCAAGAAACCUUGACAGAAAUGGUGAAACCUAGUAUUGAUUAUGUGCGCCACAAAAAAUUUCGAUCUGGGAAUUAUCCAUCUUCAUUAAGUAAUGAAACAGAUAGGUUGGUUCAUUGGUGCCAUGGUGCCUCCGGUGUCAUCCACAUGCUCAUGCAGGCAUAUAAGGUGUUUAAGGAUGAAAAAUACUUGAAAGACGCUGUGGAGUGUAGUGAUGUGAUUUGGCAGCGAGGUCUGCUCCGGAAAGGCUAUGGGAUCUGCCAUGGGACUGCUGGAAAUGGGUACUCCUUUCUCUCCCUUUAUCAUCUCACACAGGAUAAAAAGUACCUCUAUCGAGCUUGCAAGUUUGCAGAAUGGUGUCUUGAUUACGGAGCACAUGGGUGCCGUAUUCCUGACAGACCUUAUUCCCUUUUCGAAGGCAUGGCUGGUGCUGUUCACUUUCUCUCUGACAUCUUGGAACCAGCAACAUCAAGGUUUCCAGCACUUGAACUUGGCUGUUCACAGAUGGAUUAAAAAUGUGCAAAAAAGACAACUAAAAUACCCAUUGGACCAAAAGCUACCAGAUUGCUUAGUGCCUGACACAGAACCAACUCUGAAUUUUGAAAGACAAUAAAAAACACUUUCACAGGCCCCCUUUUGUUGCAGAAGUCCCCAAGUCAGAGCAUCCCAUCAGCAUUUUUGACAGCAUUCCCUCCCUGGUGUAAAAUAUUAACUCUUCACAUACAGGUUCUUUGUAGUGUGCAUGUUUCUUGGUGUUUGUUGCCCAUAGGCAUAAAUUGUUCUAAGUGGAAAGCCCUUUUUCUCAUACUAGCUCUCAGCUGAGCAUGCACCAGUAGAGAGUGGCAGCCACACCAUGCUGUAUAUAAUAUAUAUGGGGUGUCGUCUCUAUUGGGCAGAGUCAGGGAUGUCUCUCUUAAACAGUCUCUCUUAAACAUCUUACAGGGAAUCUCAGGAGAUACCUUAGUGAAAAUAUUUUGUCAGCAUUUUCCAUGUGAACCUAUCAGAAGAACAUGAGGGAAGGGCCACUCCCAAAACUUGAAAAGAAAUGUCAGAUAGAAGGUAUUUGUUGGAACACCUAUGGAUGGUGCAGUUAGACACUGCUUCCUCUUUGUGUCAUGUGCUCACGUUGGUGUUUGCCAGAAGCCCUAGGGACCAUGUGUAAAUUUGAAAGGUUUCCUUGCAGUCCAACUAGUGCCCUGGGCAAUGGACUCCAUGCUGCCAAGAGUAACCUUUAAUGACCUUUAAUGAAUACAUGUUGACAAUUGUGGAAUAUACACCUAAAUGUGUACUAUUCUGACUCAACCUUAAUUUUAUCAAUAUGAUAAAAUAUAAAAUCAAUAGAUAUAAUUUCAAGUAGGUCCAUGUCCUCACAGUGAAACUUACUUUCAAGUUUUAGUAAAUGAUCAAAGUAUAAAUUUAGAAUCAUAUUCCGUAAUUUCCAUCCACUUUUAGAUAACAAAUCAAAAGUACUAGUAUGGGGCACAUAAUAUGCAAGAAAAUUAUAUUUCUGGGUAACAUUUUUAAAAUAUUUUUAAAGGUAUUAAUUUGGGUUAGUAUCCCAUCAGUAAUUCUAUCUAUUGUCAGCAUGAUACAAAUGGUCUAGGACUUUCUAAGUGCUUCUCCACAUGUGAGGUAAGGCAUGUUUUGUAAAAGACAAGACAGGAUUCUGGGAUUGUGUAGUCCUUGUCUACAGGGACUGUCUAGGUAUUUGUCAUCCUAGUUUCCAUUCCUUUUUAAAAGGAGAAAAGAUAAUAUUAAUUUGGAAGAUACAUCUCUAUCCAUGUACAGUUUUUAGAAUGUUACUUAACCACAAGGUAGUUUGUGCUUCUGGUAUUCUAAACAUAUGACCUUGGUUUCUAUCUUCACUGUAGACAACCUUUGUUCUAAGUCAAAAUUAUUUUCUUUCACAUUAGGUUCAUGACUUCUGUGAGUAUCAGUCCUCAUUAUUAUGCUUUAACUGACUUCCUGAGCCUGCUAAUGCACUGUUCAGGGCUGUCUAACACUCCAUUGCCUGCAGAGUCAGUUAUGAAAACAUGAAGUGAACUGUUUUAGCAGAAGACUUCAUAUGCUAUCCGGUCUCAGUCAACCAACACAUGGCCCACCUUCCCCACCCACUUCAAAAAUGGUCUAUCACAGAGUUUUUCAGGACAUCCUGUCUGUCAUCAGGGGAAGUCCCUAGGAGAUCUCCUGCAUAGCCCUUGUCUUUGUGAAAGAAGCAAUUUGUGGGACUCCACUGGUGGCCAAAGGUGUCCAGAUGACCAGUAGCCCUGAGGGUGACUGUGUUUAUCUGAAUGUCUCCCAGGAUAUAUUUCACUUGUGCAUGUUUGACAAAUACUGAUCUCUCUGACCAACACACUGAGCGGAAAAUAAAAUACUUCUAGAGUGAAUAGGAGAGAUUGUAUUUACAGAUUUUUUAAGCCAGCUGAGUUAUCACUUUCAUACUUAGUACUAGAUCGUAAUUGAUGUACAGUUCUGCUCUUCCACUUUAACCCACUUCCUUAUGUGUUUGUGACAUCGACUGCUGUAUUUCAGAAGCUCCAGUUGCCAAUCCUUAGAGGCAGAAGAGCAAUGGCAUUCACAGAUGGUUGUAUAAGUUGUUUGAAAUGAGAUUCCAGAACAUCUCACAUUAAUUUUUUUAUGUAUUUGUGUUCACAGCUAUAUUCUCUGAAACCUGUUGAGGAUUUUUACAAUAUGUGUUUGCACAAUCCCACUUUGGAAUCUGAGGGAAACAUACCAUUGUCCAUAAAAAGUGUUUGGGGUUCUUUGGUUUUGUUAGUAAAAGUCCGUUUCGUGGUGAUAA